AUGACCAAGUCUCACUCGGACAGCACGCUGUCCAUCAAGAGGAAUGCCGCUUUACAAACAUCCCUCGUAGACAAGGGGCCGGACAGUUUCGACUCCGCUUCAUCAGACGGUGGUGAUCAUUGCGAAGGUGCGAACGACGAAUCUUCUGAAGCGGACGAUGAGGAGACUGCUUCGGACAAGGAGAUGCUGGACGAUUGUCCACAGGCGGUUGACACUGUACAGGACCAUCGUCUUGCGAACCAAGAAAGAGAGAUGGGAGCAAGCGCAAUGGGAGUUGCGGCUCGAGCCUUGGUUGCGAAAGGCUAUGUCGUGUUCACGGCAAGCACCCAGUGGAACCCCGACGCAAAGGGAGGGAAGGGAGGGAAGAAAAUGAUACCCCCACGAGAUUGGCCGGCCUCUACCUUAGCCGAUUGUCUGACUGAACGCUUCUUCCAGCCCUACAACAACACGCUGCUGAUCAACACGGCAGCGUCUGGAAUCGUCGUGCUAGACUUUGACCUUGGUGAUGGGGGCAUGGAGCAGCUUGCUCUCUGGGAGACCGAGCACGACGCGUUUGAUGCUCCUCGAGUGCGCACGGGCAGCGGGGGGGUGCACAUCUACUUCUCUCACCGAAGAAGCGUUGAGUCGGGACUGGGCGUGGAGGCCCCCACGCACUUUGCAAAGUUGGAGCUGAGGGUUCGAGAUCCGAUAUCCGGAAAGGAGGUUCUGAAGAAGGUGGGAGUCGAUAUGAGGGGCGUCAGCUCGAACGGCAUGAUCGCUUGCCCGCCGUCAUCGUAUGAGCGACUCGGUGAGACGGCACGGUAUACGGUUGACGGCGGAGGCGAGCUUCCCCCGGCAGAAGAUCUGCCUCCUCUUCCGAAGUGGUUGAUCGAGAUUCUGAACGAGCGAGUGGCGAGGGGUUCUGGAGAGCGCACGAGACGGCCAUCAAAAGUUCGCAGCAGGGCAGGGCCUAGCGCGAGGGCCAGCGCCGUACUCGGGGCGCCGGACCUGACGGAUCUUGGGUUGCAGCAGAAGGUGGUCGAGGUGAUGCGGGGCAUGCUCAGCAGUUUCGGCGACAACUCCUCUCUCUUCUCGAAGGCAGAGCCGAGCACGGUUGCUGGUCUAGGGGCGGUGAUGUACCACUGGCGGAAUGAUGGGGGAGGGCGAGUUUGUCCAUAUGCGGAGGACGGAGCACAACCGCACAGCAGCAACAACUUUGGUCUUCUCAGAAGAGGGACGGAGAUCACCUACGUCUGCCACAGCCAGCGGUGCAAGACAAGCGACGGCUGCCGGAACAAGAAGCUCGGGUGUCUCAUGUUCCCGGUGGCCGCAUCUUUUUCGGAUGCUUCUCCGCUCAACAGCGACCGGGAUCGCUUGUACGAGAAUCGAGAACUGCUUCCUCUCCCGUUUCUGCGGCAGAACCUCUCGGUUUCAGCAGGUGAUGAAGGAGGGGCGCUCAUCAUCGACCGCUUGCAGACGUACACGGGCCGCAAGCUCGUCUUCUGUAACGAAAAAUGGUUCUACUGGAACGGGUCGAUUUGGGUGGUGGACGUGGCUGGGCGAGUUGCGAGCCAGAUCUGCCGCGGGGAGCUCAACAAGAUAAGCAAGGCAUACAAGAAGGAGAAAGCGUCUGAUGCCGAAGGCGAGGGUUCGCAAGCGGAGGAGGGAGAAAAGCCCAAGAAGGAGAAGCUCGUGAACUUCAACUUCAACGCCAAGAUGAGCCAGAUCAUGACGACUCUCAGAGGAUAUUGCCUGGAGCCUGCGUUCGAGAAGGCGCUCAAUACCAACAGAGAUGCGCUUCCUCUUCAGAACGGCGUCGUCUUGCUGGAGAGCGGGAUCCUGGUGGCACACCAUCCGAAGUAUCUUUGGUCUUUCAAGCUUUCCGUGCGGUGGCCAUCGACGGGACUUGCCACGCCGCUGGGCAGGACGGGCGAGUUUCUCCGUCAGAUCACGCGCACUCCGGAGGCGCUUGCGUAUCUCCAGCGCAUUCUUGGAUACGGGAUCACAGGUCACAUCUCCAAUCAGGUCAUGCUGACGAUGAUUGGGGAGGGCGGAGCGGGAAAAAGCCUUCUCUUGGCUCUGCUGAGGCGUCUGAUCGGUCCGUUCUACAAGGACGUCUCGAAGGACAUGCUCGUGACGUCCAAGGGACAACGGCCGCUGGGCAAAGGUGCUGCAAAUCCAGCAGAAGUAGGUUUACGAUACAUUCGGAUAGCGGCGUGCACGGAGUCUGAAGAGACGGAUGAGAUAGCGGAGUCCAACGUGAAGCGGUUGACCGGCGAGGCGACCAUCACGAGUAGAGGACUCUACACGGAUUAUGUCACGUUUGCUACGACUCAGCUGCACAUCCUCUGCUCAAACUACCCGCCCCGAGUGAAGAUCUGGACGAUUGCGCUCAAGCGACGCCUCCUAACGCUGGUCUUCCCGAUGCGGUUCUUCUAUCCGGACGAAGCGGGCUACAAUCCCGACAACCCGUUGCAUGGGAUCCGAGACCUUGAAUUGGAAGACGUCCUGAAGGCCGAGCCCGAGAAGCUACUGGUGUUCUUGGUGCAAGGCGCCAAGGACUGGUACGCAAGUGGCAAAAGACUCCUCGACAUGCCGGAGAGCAGCAAAACGUACAUGCAGUCAUGGGAGCAGGAGAACGAUCCGUUUGCAGCCUUCCUUCAGCAGGAGGGACGAAUGAACAUCAAGGCUUUUGAGUCCACGCGCAGCCUCAUGGAGGCGUACAACAACCCGGACAGGCUGGUCGACGGCGUGAGAUUCUGCGAAACCGAUGCGCCACAAAUCCGAAACGAGCGGAAGUUCGCGGAGGCUUGCAAGAAGAAGGGGCUGGAGGGCCCGGAUAAGCCGUCAGCGCUGAGGUUCGCUAAUCCGGGGCACACGGUCCGGGGUUAUCGGGGCUUCCAGCUCAACACGCCGACUAAGGAGAGCAUUCUAGAAAAAUAG